CGUCACUCAGACAACCGGAGAUGGCGUCGCGCGUGCCCGCUGGUUACCCUGGCAUCCCAGUUCUCGGCACCCACCUGUCCCCCCAACUCCGGAACUCCGCCAGUGACAGUAUGGGGGAGACUCUGCGCCUGCCCGGCGUGUACCGGCGUGUGAGUGCCUGGAGUGAGAGCGGAGAGGAGUGCAUGGAGCCCGGGAGUCCCCGGCACUGGAGGAGACCCGCCUCGGUGCCCCAGCAGCUGAACGAUCGCUGUGAGGAGUGGAGUUCGGGGAGUGAGCGCUCUGGAGCCCGGGGGUACAGUGACCCGGAGGAGCGAUCCCUGGGGGAGUACAGUGCCCGCCUAUCCCGGGACUAUGGCCGCCAGAACAGCCUCCUCAGGGGGAUAUUCCAGAUCCACAAGAAGAGCUGUGAUGUCUCCCUCACCUCCAGCCAAUUACUGUGGACGCCCAUUUAUCCGGAGAGCCCAGGCAGCUCCAAAAGCAUCCAACAGCAGAAAGAGGAAUCUAUUGACCUACGAGAUAUAUUUUCCGUGAAGCUGAAACGCCGCCGUGCAGCAGGACAGGAUAAAGGUGGCACCUUGUUGGGAAUCACACUAUUUUUGUGCAUCAGAAAGGGACACAAACUGAAAGAUGACUCCAUUAGCCUUCACAACUUAAGUGAAGACUUUUGUAACAUAUGGUACCGACAAUUAAAGGAAAUAUUGAAUGGUUUUCCUAAUAGGCCGAAGUCUCUUAAAGUAAUCAUUAACCCGCACAGCCAUAAAGGAGAAGCGACCAAUGUGUAUUAUCGGCACGUUGCACCUCUUUUCAAGCUUGCUGACAUUCAGACCGAUGUUACAGAAACUAAAUAUACAGGACAUGCUCUUACAUUGCUUAAAGAAUGUGAACUUCAAGAAUUUGACGGAAUUGUUUGUGUUGGUGGCGAUGGAUCAGUAAGCGAAGUUGCUCACGGUCUUCUUCUCAGAGCCCAGAUGGAUGCUGGGAAAAACAUAAAUGCCAACUUCAGUCCAGUCAGAGCAACACUACCACUUGGAAUAAUACCAGCAGGUACUACCAAUGUCUUGGCUUAUUCUCUGCAUGGAAUCAGACACUAUGUAACUGCAGCACUGCACAUCAUUAUGGGAAACAUCCAGCUAGUAGAUGCCUGCACUUUCAGCAGCGGCCACAAACUCCUGCGGUUUGGGUUUUCCUCCAUGUUUGGAUUUGGUGGAAGGACUCUUGCUCUUGCAGAAAAACAUCGCUGGAUGCCCUCCAGUCAGAGAAGAGAUUUUGCUGUUAUUAAAACACUUGCCAACUUAAAACCAGAAAGCUGUGAACUUUCUUUUUUACCUAUAAGCCAUGAAUCCAGUUUUCACGGAGAGCGCAAAAAGAAAAGAGAUGAGAAUUGUGUUGAGCCCGAGAGCAAGGAUCAGUGGCAGCACAUCCAGGGUCAGUUGCUGAAUGUCAGCAUUAUGGCAAUCCCCUGCCUUUGUUCCAUGGCCCCAAGAGGCCUGGCGCCUAAUACCAGGCUGAAUGAUGGAACAAUGUCACUUAUAGUUGCCCGAAAUACCUCAAGACAAGAAUUUGUGAAACACUUAAAGCGUUAUGCCAGUCUGAAAAAUCAGUUUAAUUUUCCAUUUGUGGAAACAUACUUGGUAAAAGAAGUAAAGUUGCAGACUAGAAGCAUUGGAUGCGAUGGCAAGGACAAGCAUGAAGAGAAUGGUGAAGCACAUUCUGUUUCUAGUGAAGAUGUCCAUCCAUGGAAUAUUGAUGGAGACUUACUGGAAACAUCCUCUGAGGUUCAUGUCAGAUUACAUCCUGAACUGAUUAAUCUCUAUGGGACGAACAUUGAAGAGCUGGAUGAAGUGAACGGAAAGUGCAAUUGCUUGUAGCGCAGAGAAAAAAAUGCUCACAUACCGCACUUUUUAUAAAUGACAUUUUUAUUUGUGACAGUAGAAACAUUGUUUUUUCAUUCAGAAGUAAUCUUGUAUUUUAAACGCAUUUUACAGCCAUAAAACAUUCAAGCCAACACAAAUUAAAGAUCUUCCCUCAAAAUGA